CCCUCGCAGGGUAGGUCGACACGAGGCAUACUCUCCACGAUCUGAUACGUAAUAAAACCAGUUUCCAGACGAAAGUGCGUCGUUCGCGUCGGUUGUCGUCUGUACGAACGAUUUCGAUCGGAGGCAUCGACAUCGGAUAAACCAGAUUUUGAGUAUCUCGACUCUCGUGGACGGGAAGACCGAGGAGAAACUGUGGUCCACGACGCUGAGAGAUCGGGCGUGAACGGAUUGUUUUUCUCUGGGGACGUCGUACUCCGCCGCUGAACGGGGCUUCGGAGCAUCGAGCAAUGUAAACGAUCGAUUGGAAGGCGAAUAAUUCGAAGAAUAUACGAGUUAAGGAAGUUGCGUGCGUUGCGAAGAAAUUUCAGCCGAAUCGAAAAUCGUGGAUCUCGUGGUUACCUUCAGAUCUCGCAGCCUUCAGGAAUUAUGGCGGAGAAGAUGUAUUAUUGGGGAGAGCAGAAAGAUCAGGUCGAUCCGGAGCAGACGUUCAUAGAGUUCAAGGCGAAAUCGGUUGGCUCGAGUAGACGAAGGGAUUCGAGUCACGGUGCGCCAAAGACGAUCGUUUCCGCGCCGCAGAACCGGGCGACGGAAGUGGAGGACCGAGAGGAGGACGCGGAACGCGGAGGCUGGGACAACAAGCUGGACUUCUUGUUCUCCUGCAUCAGCGUUUCCGUGGGACUUGGAAACGUGUGGAGGUUUCCGUAUCUGUGUUACAAAAAUGGCGGAGGUGCUUUCCUAAUAACGUAUGGAAUUGCCAUGUUGUUUUGUGGGAUUCCGAUAUUUUUCCAAGAGGUGGCCAUUGGCCAGUACCUCGGAGCAGGCGGUAUGACUCUGGUAGGACAGCUGUGUCCUCUGCUGCAAGGAGUCGGAUACGCUACGAUGACUAUCGUGUUCUUUCUGGACGUGUAUUACUGCAUAAUCAUCGCUUGGACGCUUUUCUAUCUCAUAAGCACCUUCGCCAACAUACCCAGCGUACCCUGGAGGGGUUGUGAAAAUUGGUGGAACACCGAAAAUUGUUCCGACGGCCAGAGAAAGAUCGACGAAUCGUCCGAUAGCUCGAAUACCACGAAUUCUACGUACGACAACUAUACUCGAGCUGUUCCUCACCAUACUACUCCGGUAGAGGAGUACUGGGAACGAAGAGUUCUUGGCAUCACUUCCGGUAUCGAGAACAUCGGUGGCAUGCAAUGGGAGCUGUUGGGUUCUCUGAUCGUCGGCUGGCUGCUCGUUUACUUUAUCAUCCGACGGGGUCUGCAUCAGAGCGGUAAGAUCAUCUGGUUUUCAGCCUUGUUCCCCUACGUGGUGCUUUUCAUUCUUUUGGGAAGAGCGGUGACAUUGGACGGCAGCUACGACGGCUUGCUGUACUACGUCACGCCGAGAUGGUACGAAUUGCUAUCGCCUGGCCCGUGGAUCGACGGCGCCACGCAAAUUUUCUUCGCCUACAGUAUCGGCACCGGGGCUCUGCCUGCUCUCGGAUCGUACAACAAGUUCCAUCACAAUUGUUACAAAGACGCGCUGAUCACGUGCAUAGUCAACACGUUAACCUGCUUACUGGCUGGUUGCGUCACUUUCUCUAUCUUGGGUCAUAUCGCUUUGGAGCAAGGCACGCAAGUGUCAGAAGUGGUCAAAAGCGGGCCGGGACUGGUGUUCCUCACUUAUCCAGAGGUGGUUUUGAAGUUGCCCGGUGCCUCGAUGUGGGCCAUCAUCUUCUUCGUCAUGCUACUUAUACUGGGCAUCGAUAGCGAAUUCUGUAUCGUGGAAUCCUUCAUCACUGGAGUGGUUGACAACUGGCCGGAACUUCUUCGUCCCCAUAGGAAGAAGUUCACCGUCGCAAUCUGCUGUCUCAUGUUCCUCUUGGGUCUUCCGAUGGUGACCAACGGUGGAGUCUACAUAUUCCAACUGAUGGACUUCUAUUCGGCGAGUGGAAUGUCGAUUUUGUGGGUCUGUUUCUUCCAAACGAUCGCGAUAUCGUGGAUCUUCGGCGCGAAGAAGUUCUGCGACUGUAUUCAUCAGAUGAUGGGCGUACGAUUGAACAAAUUUUGGUACAUAUGCUGGGUGGUGUUCGCGCCAGUGAUUAUGGCUUUUAUCUUCGUGUUCCAAUGCGUGCAGUACAAGCCCUUGAAAUAUGGAAAUAGUUACGAGUAUCCAACAUGGGCAGAAAUCGUGGGUGUCUGUCUCAGCUUGUCAUCGAUGAUCUGGAUACCUGGUUACGCUCUCUACUACGUCAUCGUUACUCCGGGAUCCAUCAAGGAGAAUAUCCUGAAAGGUUUGAAGCCGAACAUAAAGACGCAUCCGAAAUUACCAAAGGGCGAGAAAUCAGCGGUGAUACCAAUGUCAGAGAGCAGCGCCGGAUUAAUCACCAAGAACAAUAGUUUCCUAAGUCAAACAUGAUCGCCGUAAACGGCUUUCUUAUUCCCUGUCAUAGGUUGUAAUUACCGUAAGUGUAGUAUUUUUAACAGAAUUUCAAAAUCGAAGUAUGUGUCGAACACGCAGAGCAGCUCGACUUAGUCUCGUGGUUUAAUCGGAGAAACUGUUGGAAGAUGUCCGUAGACCGACCGACGUUAAGAAGAUUACUACGAUGACAGUGCAUGGUAGAGCGAGCGUAAUUAGAGCGAGCGUAAUUCGAGCGACUGCUGCAAUCAAAAUACUGGCCUCGUUCCUUCUACAUGAUAUAUUUAAACGAAACUGAUACCACGUAAAAAGAAGAGUUAUUUAGAAAAAUGAGAGAGAGAGAGAGAGAGCGAAGAAGAGUUGAACAUAAAAUCUAAAGUAUAUUACGAUAGUAGCAGAUAUCGUUAGUUUUCGGAUAGCUAUCGAAGAUAAGUCGAAGAGGUGUGUAUAUUUUUCUAUCGCGAUUUUUAAUCGCGAUGCUCCCACAAACGAUUAUUAAACGCGAGAAACGUAAUUUAGUUGAUAGUCUGGUUCUUUUCUUUUUUUUUUUUUUUUUUUUUUUUUCGAGCGAGCAAACGAGAGAUUAAAAAUAAAGCUUGAACCUUUGCCUUGUAAUAUCAAACUAGAGACAGGUUACGGAUCAUAACUGAAGUCCAACAAAAACAGAUUUUACUUUUUUAUUUUUUGUAACGAGGCUUAAUCGAAACGUUAAUUUUAACUUUGACUUUUUCGACUGAAAAUUACGUAAGCGAUUUGAAUUUAAAAAAACGAAGAUCGUAAGUCGUAACACCGAUUUAAAUAGCUACGAAAGGAAAUCACAAGGCAAAGGGUUGAUCAAACCGACGUGCGAAAAGAAACGUCGAGACGUGAAAUAAUUUUUGGAGGAGCAAUUGUAUUUUUAUUCAGCGGACGAACGUUUUGAAACUUUGAAAAUCGAUUUGAAAGUCUCGAUCGUAAGAUGAAUUCUAACGACGAUUACGAAAGAAAUAGUUCGACGUGUCUCUCAUAAAAAGAUACGUGUUUUUUUUUCUUUUUUUUUUCUUGUAUUUAGAUCGAUCGAUAUUUGCGGAUUUAAAACGUUCGUUUAUUUUUUCUAAGAUGUUGUUUAAUACGCGAGUUUCGCUCAACGGAAGUUUUGCGAGAUUGAAUUUUCGCGAACCGAUUUCUACCAAAAUUUCUACCAGCAUUUUUAUUAGUCGACGGACGCUUGUUUUUCGGAACGCACGAAGAAAUUCUUGCGAACAACGCGGUUAGUCAGAUCGUUAGAACAGUCGAAGAUUAAAUUACAGAUAAUAAAAUUUGUGCCUCAACGCUGACGCCGUUGCGACCAGUUUUUUAAAUGGAAAAAAUUUUAACGACACGUUAGAUCUAUUGGAAAAAUUCCGCCGUCUUUCGCCUUUUUUACCCGAAACUUUCUUACGAAUUUUACAUAUUCAAAUCGAUGUUAAUUAUAAAAAGUUAGCUAUCUCUGACAAAUUUAUUUCUAGACGUUUUCCUUCUACGUUCUGAUUAGAGUCGAUAAAGGGAAGUUUGUGAUAUAUCGUACCAUAAAAACCAGAUAGAAUUUUUCGACGGAGAUUCCACGAAAAGAGGAUUUUUCUACUAAAAACCGAUCGAGUCGAUCACAGGACAGAAACGUGCCUCGCAGAAACCGUUGGUACCGUAAUCCCUAAAAGCCGUCGAGUUAGAAACGAACGAUUACAAUUACAGAUUUCACGAUCAAUUCGUAGAAGAUCGAAAACCGAGAUUAAUAUUUAAUAACUGUUUGUUCGACGAAGAUGUUCGAAUUUAGGUAGAAACUCCUUGUUACUUGAUUCUUUUAACGAAGAAAUCAAAGCUUUGUUUCGAUCGCAGUGGUUUCAUACGAAGGUUCGUAAUUCCAAGAUAUAAUUGUAAGAUAAAAGUAUAUAUAAAACUAGUUUUAUUGAAGGAUAUAUAUAUAUAUAUAUAUAUAUAUAGGGAUUUAUCGGUAUAUGAUCCUAAAGUUACUAUAAGAGCUAUUUCAAUAUUGAUUAUUCGAGACACUGUUACUUGCAUUAAUAGUAUAUUUUUUGCGAAUGAAAUUCGAACGACCAAUUAGUAGUAUUCAAACAAACGAGAGGCAGUAUAAUGUCGUUUCGAACGAACGACUAGUUUGAAAAUAUUGUCGAAAUCGAUUUACAAAUUUGCAUAUACAGAGUGGGCCAAACGUCGAUCGUAUUAUACAUACGUAUACUCUUUUUCUUUUUUUAAUCCUGCAUCGGUCUAUUCGUAGACUUUUUACACGAUCUGUACUUAUGGGUGCAUCAUUAAGUUCAAUUUAAAUAGCGCGUACAACGUUUCGGAAACUAAGUUAUCGGAAAGGUCAACGUUUAAUAAUAAAUGUUUGAGUUGUUUAUCCGUGCAAUUUAUGCAUGCUUGCUUCCCAAUUAAUAAUUGCCAGCAAUGAAUAUUCGAUUCUAUGGUUUCAGUUAUGCAGUAUCGGUUAUAAUUAUUUAAAUAUGCUAAAAUUAACUCGUCCGAUUUGUUACCGAAUUAGCUGCGAAUAAUAUUCGCUUAAUAGGACAAAUGAAACGAAUCGACGAAACUCGUACAGCAUCGAACGAACUAAAUCGCGCGUCCCUGAAUAUUUUUUUAGCCAUUUCAAGUCCAAUGUUGCAUUCGUCAAAGAUACGAUUAGAUCGUUGACUCACGCUGUAUAUGAAUAAGAAGAAGCAAAACUGGAUGUUUCACGAUUUAUUUGGUUGGCGAACAUGAGCAAUAAAGAUACUCGUAACGGAACGUUACAAGUUUGAAAACAGGCCUAAGUAAUAGUUCUGUCGUUUAAAUCGUUUACACGCGAUCGCUUUGCGCCCUAUUUAAACGAGUUUUAACAGUUGUUGAUGUUGUACGAUAUCGAGAGAUCGUCCGAAAGCUUUAUACGACGUUCGUUUAUGUAUAUUUUAUUGUCGCAUUGUUACGGCGCGAGUGACAUUUUCAUAGCGAGCUAAGGAUGCUGCAAGUCCACGUGGUUCAAUAUUUUCCACGAUGACCGCGUGUUGUCAUCGUUUCGUUACAUCUAUACUUUUGUACAGAAAGCUACGAAGCCGUUUAUUUUUCCGAUAGUUUAGUGGACUGCGUGUAUUCCUGUGUAAACUGAACGGAUUAGACGCAACAGGAUGCGAAGAUACACCGCGCAUUUGUAGAUGUUUUCCAGUAUAAAAUGACAUAUCGAUGAAUCGAUAACGGAUAAAUGGUCGAUUAAAUUUACAAUCUGAAAGAUAUAAAAGGGAAACGAUAUAGACGACGCAGAAAUUUAACGGGAAGAGGAUAUUUUUUCCACAAAUUGUCGAAAUAAUAAUAUCGCUGACGAAAGCGUUGGCGUAUGUCCGAAAUUAAAAAUAAACAGAAACGCGUAAAGAAUAUUUCGAAGAGAAACGUUUCAGAUUAUCGAUCGAUACGUGGAUUAGGAAGAUUUUGGUGGAACUGGUGAACGGAAUUACAAGAGAUUAAUCGCAACGCGUAGAAUCGGCCGACUCGGUAGAUCAUAAACAACGUAAAUCAGCUUAAACGAAAACAAUGGAGUAUCGCGGGUUCAUCGGAAUUUAGUAGCGGCCCUUGUGCGUCUAAUCUCGUUCAUUGAUCAACCGAACGAUUAGCCGAGCAUAGAGCAAUUCACCGAGUGAAUGACCGCUAAUUACCGUCGCGUUAAUCGAUAUAUGUACUUUUGAUCGUUUCUCUGCGGAUUAAGCUGUACGCGAUGCGUGACAAGUAUUCCCAUGCACGAAUCAACAGCUGACAUAGAUAUAUCCAGGAUGCGUCGCAAACCGAACCGAAACGAGCAGAAUCGUAUCGCCUCGACGUCGAUGUUCCGUUUCGUGCCAAUACGUUUCGGACGGUAAAUGCCAUAUGCGCGCGUUUGUAUGCUAUCGACGAAAAGUUUCAAAGCAGCAGCAGGUCUUCUUUAUUUUCUUCGCUCCUUUUACAUUGAAUUUCCUCUUACCUGUGUCACUUAUAUUUAUCGUAAUCCUUGCCUUCCGGUUUAGGAUCGUAACUUGCGGCUUACGUGGUAUUUAUUUAUCGCUACGUUGCGAAUUAGCCACUCGUUUAUAAAGAUAUAAAUGAGCAUUUUAUCGAAUAUUGCCUCGUUGAUCGAUCGUAUUGUAUCCUUCUAUGUUACAUACUUCGUCGUUUUAUCUAUUUAUCGUAGCAUAUAAAAUUAGCGAUAAGUUACAUUUGUCGUUAGCGCGAAGAACGCGUUUAGUUUAUCAUGUUGUUUAACCUUUGCAGAGUCAAGUUGCUUCCAAACUUUCAGUGGGUAGUGUACGUAAUCGUUUAUAAUAGGCUCGUCGCGCUGCGAACGAUAGAAUACGCCAUGGAAGCUUGUAUCAGCGUGCGAACUCGGUUAAUUAGCCAAUGCGAAUUAGCCGUUUCACUAAGGAUAGGUUAAGCAUCGAGCAGAUUAAAUGCGAAGGGGAACAACAACGCGGAGAUAUCAUCUUAGCACAAGAUGACUUUGUUUGCCAUUUUUCUCAAAUCCUUUCAUCGCGUGCAAACAUUUGUCUUUCGAUGGUUUUGAGUAUCGUUUCUUUCGGUGCUUUUUUGAACGGUCUUUUUCACAUUCGUAUGUUUCGUAUCUUUUACGUGUCGGUCUUUUGCCGAGCGGUUGGUUUUUCAAGAUCGCGUUUAGAAAAGAUCGUUGCCUGAAUUCGGUGUUCACCGUUCCAGUAAUUAGGUCAGUAUAAAUUGAUAAUACGGUAUUUUCGACAUCUUUCUAUCUUUUCAAACGUUCAGAAUUUUUGAUAUCUUUUAUUUCCUUCAAAUAAUCGUUGCCAUCUUACGAUGAAAACAUUGCAAAUUGCACCUCUUCGCAUCUUAUCCUUGCAACCACUCUGAUUACUGCGACAAGAAAUUCAAUCGAAAUUUCCCGUUUUACCUUCGAAUGGGAUAUAUUGGAGAAUUCAAUUAUUUACAUAUGUGCGAAGAAAUGGAAUCUGUCUCGAAACAGUAUUGUUUUGUAAGCGAAAAUUAAAUGUAUCUACAAUGGA